UGAUUACAGUUUUGUUCUAUUUGUUGUUAAAAAAAGCAAUAAAGUAAACAUUACUUAAUAAAUCAAUAGUCAUUUUUGUGUUUAUUUGGUAUUUCGUUAACUUGGAUACAAAUAAAAUGCUACAACCGGAAUUAAAGCCGAUGCCUGUAAAACUAUAUAAUGCAAUUAUUGAUGAUUUUAAUAAAAUAAAUACAUUUAAUCGCAAAGCCGAAAACGAGCUUCGAAAAAAGUACAAAGAGCUACCAUCACCGACGAUUGGGAGUAUUAUUUCAUUACUAGUGCAGAGAUCUAUGAAACUAAGCUAUAGAAAGUCUCCGGUUAUAUCAAGCAAAUAUUAUGAAUUAUAUGAAGAAUUGAUGCGUGACAAAAACAAAGCAGAUGUUAUUUUAAAACUAUCCGAGAGCCAAGGUAUAAGUCCAGCAUUGCUUGUGAGAUCUCUGCUACAAAAUGUAUACUCUGACUCCAUACAGGCCAAGAAAUACAUAAAAGAUACAACUCUUAUUGAGAACAAAGAUCUGUCAUAUCAAAUGUUUCUGUUUGUCAAUUUCCAGGGUAUUAUGAACGACAAUCAGUAUGGACAUUAUGCUGAUGUAAUAAAACAAUCUAUUGGCUUAGAAUAUGAGUUAAGAUUGGAAAGGAAGUUAAGAUUAAUGAAUAUAACAUUUUCUGAUGAGAACAACCUUAGAUCUCGUGGUUAUGAUAAAACACCAGAUUUUAAAUUGGAUGUUCCUAUUGCUGUAGAUGGCUUCAUAGUUAAUUGGAUAGAAAGCAAAGCAAUGUUUGGUGAUGAAGAAAACCAUUCCGGUUAUGUUAAGGAUCAAUUAACAUGCUAUUGGAAUAGAUUUGGACCAGGCUUAGUUAUAUAUUGGUUUGGUUAUUUAGAAUCCUUGGAGUCUACCCCUGAAGUCAACAAUAUGUUUAUUCUAAGAACACAUUUCCCUCCUAAAGAUAGCAUUACUCAAUACAAAGCAGAAUUAUUAUGAAUUUUUAUGUGAUAUUUAAGGCUAUUUUAUGAUUUGUUUGGUGUAUAAGUUCUUAUUGAUUAUAAGUACAAUAUUUUGUGACAU